AUGACUUCGACAAAGCAGUCUUCCUCGUCGUUACUGCCUUUUGAGUUAGUAGAAGAGAUACUUUACAAGAUUCCGAUUGAAUCUUUGGUACGGUUCAAAUCGGUAUGCAAAGAAUGGUAUGGUCUCCUCAGCGAGAAAAUAUUCAUCUACAAACACUUGGAUAUCUCCAACUCCAAGGAACGAUUCAUCUUUCCUGAUAUUGAUAACAUUCAACUCUUUGAUCUAGAGACCGAAGCCCUUGUACGUCUACCAAUCCCAAACGAGUUUCACAGUCGUGUUUAUUCAAAAACGAUUCACUGCGACGGAUUAUUGCUAUUUAGAACUUAUGGUGAUACAAGAGGAGAGCUCGCAGUUUGGAAUCCGUUUUUGAGACGAGUCAAAUGGAUCAAACAACCCUUGAAAUCUUACCCUGAAGUCUACGGUUUUGGAUACGACAAUGUAUCCCGUGACAACUACAAGAUCUUGAGGAUGUGUAAAGAAAGAAGGCGCAAAUUUUCAACAGAGAUUGAGAUAUAUGAGUUUAAGUCUAAACUCUGGAGAAGUGUUGAUGCUGCUCUUGAAUGCAAUGAACUCUUGAAACCUGUGUCUAUUUAUGGAAACAUGUAUUGGAUUGCUCAAAAGGAUUUGAAGGUUAACCUUGGAAUCGAAGUCUUCAUCCAAAGUUUUGAUUUUUCCACAGAAACGUUCAAGCCCAUACAUACUGAAUGUUUUCGUGUGAGUUCUGAUGAUGAAGUAGUCUUGUCAGGUUUCAGAAGAGAAAGGCUUUCUUUAUUACAUCAUAACCAUGUGAAGAUUGACUUUUGGGUUACUAAUAAGGUGACCGACGGGACUGUCUCAUGGAGUAAGUAUUUUAGUGUAUCUCGCCUUGUUCCAAAAUUACACACCACUUUCCAUUGCAGUUUUCUGAGCAAUAAGUUCAAGCUAUGGGGCAAGGAAGAUGGACCGGGCAUUAACAGCAUAUAUGUGUACGUCAAUGUUUACAAAAUGGGUGAGGGUAAUAUCAAUAAACAAUUUGAGAUGAGAAGACGAGUUAUAUGGUAUGAUUUAUUUCGUUGCGAUUGCCAUGUAUAUGUUCCAAGUCUAGUUCCGGUUCCAGAAUAA